UCUCUCUCCCUCGCUUGCUCUCGCGCUCUCGCUCGCUCUCGCUUGCUCGGCGAGGUUCUGCGCGAGCUGAGAGCCCGCAGCAACACGGGCCGCUCGUCUUCGGCGCUUGGUGCGUGCGCGUGCUCGCUCGCUCGCGCUCCCGAGGGCGAACUGCGGCGCGCGCGAACCGAGAUGGCAGCAGGACGCCAUGGCGGCUGAAGACAAAGCGAGCCGCGCGGAAAGCGACGCCCGCGGCCCCGUCGCAGUCGGCCGCGGAGCCCGGCCGGCCGCGGAGCGCGCGUCGGCCGCCGCGAGCCUGGCCCUGAGCGCGCUCUCGCUGCUACUGCUGGUGACGGCCAUCGGCACCGAGCACUGGUACGAGACGGACACGCGGCGCCACCGCGACAACUGCGAGCGGCAGGGCGCCGACUCGGGCGGCCAGCAGAACCGCGACAUGCCCAUCUACCACCUGCCGUUGCUCGACACGGGCGCGGCGCCGCGCGACGUGGCGCUCCUCAAGCCCGUGCACGUGGGCAGCCGCGAGGACGAGCUGCUGGAGAACUGGCGCGCCAUCCUGGGCAUGGGCAUCCUCGAGACCGAGUGCGGGCGCCCGCUCUUCUCCACGCACGCCGGCCUUUGGCGCAAGUGCUACGUCGCCGGCCUCGACCCGGACAUCGACCGCCUGGUCGACAGAGGUAUCGCGGAGCGCUGCACAGCGGUCAAGUAUCAUUUUUCUCAACCAAUCAGACUGAGGAACAUCCCUCUCAACCUGACCAGGAGCAUUCAGCAGGACGAGUGGCAUCUCCUGCACCUGCGACGCAUGACGGCCGGCUUCCUGGGCAUGGCGGCCGCCGUCCUGCUGUGCGGCAGCAUCGUGACGGCCGUGGGCUUCUUCUGGGAGGGCAGCCUCACGCGACACGUAGCUGGACUCCUCUUCUUCAUGGCAGGAAUCUUCUGCACCAUCUCUCUGUGCACGUACGCGGCCAGCGUGAGCUACGAUCUUUCCCGGAAGCCCCCCUUUAUCUACGGCCUCCCGGACGACGUGGACCACGGCUAUGGCUGGUCGGUGGCUCUGGCGUGGGGCAGCCUGGCUCUCAGCGUGGCCUCGGGGUGCCUGGGCGCCGCCUUGCCGAUGCUGCGCCACGCAGGGCCGUCCCGUGACAAGGUCGUCCGCGCCUCCGCUGUCUAAAGCGACGACGUCAGCCCCCCUGCCCUGCCCUCCCCUCCCUCCUCCUGGCGCCCAGAGGACCGUCCACCCGUGUGUCAAUUGGCAAGAAAGCGAGGUGACGCAAGUUUGACUGGCACGGUUGCGGUGGUAACUGACCUUUGCUCAACUCUCAAUCAUGCUGAAUAACAAAAAGAAUUAUGAUCAUAAUUACAUAGCAAGCCCCAAAUGAUUGCAAGCCAUGGGCUCCAACAUGGAAACAUCAUUUUUCAAAUAGCGCCUAAACACAGUCCAUGACAAAAACAUUCUGCAAACCACACAGGAGGUGUACGAUAGCGAAUGCCACGGACGGGCUAACAAAAAGCACACACACGCACACACACACACACACACACACACACACACACUGGUGCAAUGAUAGCUUUGGUAAAGUCCUCCAGGCAAUCCAACCAAGUGAGGAGGCGUUUGGUUCCGGUGGCAGCUAAAGAUCCGCCCGUCAUCUGCGAUGCGAGGAGGACUCAAGAUCAGAGGACUUAGUGAAUUUGGCAAAGGCAAAGCUCCUUUCAUGCCAAGUUGCCAUUUGGAGCGAACGGCAGCCGGGAGUGGCUUUCGGCGCCUUCAAGCAUCCUUGUAGAAGAAUUCUUGCCAAAGUCAGUUGAGUUGGCCGUCACCGAGCAGAACCUGUCUCUCAAAAAACAAACGAGAAGAAGAAUCGUUCAAAGCACAGCUCGUGCUUGUUUUCCCCCCUUUUCAGUUGACUGCUUUUUGUGAGCCUAUCUAUGUGUUUAGAUGGACUGCUUUUUUGUGAGCCUAUUUGAUUGUUUGGAUGGAGCGCUUUUCGUGAACCUCGCCUCGCCUGGUCGGUCAAUGUUGACGCCAAUGUAAAUACAGCUGCUGUACUUUGUUUGGUGAAAAUCCCAAAUGAAGCAACGUUUCAACG